AUGGCGGUGGACCUGAGCCGCGCAUGGCGCGUGUCGGCCGCCGUCUUCCACGACCGCCCGACACCGGCCCUCCGGCCCGCGAAGAUCGAGGAGACGCACGCCCUGCUGCAGCGCCUGCGCCCCGACCUGGCGCGCCCCCAGCACCCGGGGGACUGGCUGGCGGCGGAGCUGGCGGGCACGGCCAGCAGCGCCACGCCGCUGACCGACUUUGGGCUGCUCCUACGCGCCGCCGAGCUGUACGACGCAAGGGCCCGAGACCUGCGGAAGGGGGAGUCCCUACCCCGCAUCCUGUUUGUCGUGACGGGGCGCGGCGCGGGGCGGGCGGCGUACGAGGCGCGGCUGCACGCCACCGCGUUCUCCCACGUCGCCUUCCGCCUGCUCUGGCUCUCCACCCCCGACUACCGCCUGAUGCUGGGGUCGGCAGACCUGGGCAUCUGCCUGCAUGCCUCCAGCUCGGGCCUGGACCUGCCCAUGAAGGUGGUCGACAUGUUUGGAAGCGGCGUUCCCGUGUGCGCGCUGCAGUACCCCACCAUCACGGAGCUGGUGCAGCCCGGGGUCAACGGCGUCCUUUUUGCGACGGCGGAGGCCCUGGCCGCCCAGCUGCUGAGCCUGCUGGCGGGCUGGCCGGAGCGGGCGGGGCAGCUGGUGGAGCUGCGACGGGGGGCGGAGGCCGAGCGGGCGAGGGGCUGGGACGAGGAGUGGGGGCGGUGCGUGCUGCCGGUGCUGCAGGGCGCCGAAACCUGA